AUGUAUGGUGUCUCUGUUGACGAGGUUUCUCAAGGAAGAGAUGGCAAAUAUCGUCUUGGCUCCAAACGUGUCGAAAUAGCGGAUUUGAGAGGCACAAUGUCACACUGUUGUUCGUUCUCCGAACUUACACACAGUAAGGAAAUGGAUUAUAGGUUUGAUAUUCUACGAUCUCAGUGUGAUAUCAUUUAUCAACAAUAUCUCGCACAAUUAGGAUCGGCAGCUAAAGCACAAGAUGCAUUCAAUGAAAACCCAAUCGUCGAUGCACAGCUCAUUGCCAUGCGAAAUAUAUCUGAUCACAUUGUUGGCUUAGAGAAGCAAAGACUCAGGAGCGAGGAAAGCUUUAAGAAUUGGUUGUUAUCUGAACAGAGAAUUGCUCUGAUUGGUUAG